AAAGAUAGUAGGUAGGGUAAACACCACAUUACACUACACCAAAAGCUGCAACAUAAUUCAAAAGCAAAAACCAACAACUCACAUUCUCUCAUUCAAUUUUUUUUUUUUUUGUAACAACGAUGAUAGAAGAACAACGUCAUGGACCCCCACACGGCAUUCUCUUAGCCGUCGUUGUAGUAGCAGUUAUCUUAGUCCCAACAAUCCUCGGUGAAAAUGGCGAAGCAAUUACUGAUUUCAUCUCCGAUCUUCUUACCCCAAUAGGCCUUCUCUUACUCCCUAUUAUCCUCCUACUCACUAUCCAGUUCCUCUCCUCCGACACUGGCUCAUUCAUCAACACCAUUUUCUCCACCGGCGAACCUAAUUCCAUUCACCGGGUAAGUGGAUCUCCGGUUGGUGUUGCUCUUCUUCUCGCACUCACAUUGUUCCUUCUUUAUAACCGCUUUUCAAUCUUCGGUGGCGAUGAUGAUUCCGGCGACUGAAAUUUUGCUAGAUCUAUUAUUGUACUUGUCUUUUAUUUUGGAGUGUAUUUGUAAAUAGUGAAGGCUACCGGCGGCCAUGUAGUAUUGUACGGACUAGUUAUGGAGAAUUUUCUGUUUUGAACAAGUUAUUUGUUUAUCAGUUGCAUGAAUCAUAUGUAUUUAUUUUAUUUUAUUUAACCUGUAUUUGUUUCUAUUUGA